UUACAAUAUGACUACCACAACUUACUAGGUGUGUGUGUUUGUGUGUGUGUGUCUAAUCAAAAGCAUGGGAAGCAAUCCAGAAGCAUUCCCUGCAACUUGAGAAAACAUUCACCAAAUGCAAAGACCUGGGGACAUGUUUUUUUUAAAAAAAAGAUCAUGUGGUGACUGAAUUUCUGAGUCAUUUCCAGGAAGGGAAACUCCCGGUAGCUGAAAACGCAGAAAACGAAACUUACCUGGGACUUUCAGGUGAGGGAGCCAUGGCUGCUGCAGGGGGUCACAUCCAGCGUCUCCGUGAUGAAGCCACGUGCUCCAUCUGCCUGGAAUACUUCAAGGAUCCAGUGAUCAUCCCAGAGUGUGGGCACAACUUCUGCCGAUCCUGCUUGAUCCAGUGCUGGGGGGAAUCGGAGGCAGAGGCUUCCUGCCCUCAGUGCAGAGAAAGAGUCCAGAGAAGGAGCCUCAUACCCAACCGGCAACUGGCAAACUUCGUAGAAAUAGCCCAGAAUCUCAGCCUUCAAGAGGGAAAGGAGGAAGGAGGGAAAGGAGGAGUCUGCGAGGAGCACCAGGAGCCCCUGAAGCUCUUCUGCAAAGUCCACGAAGCCCCCAUCUGCCUGGUGUGUGACAGAUCAAAGGAACAUGAAAAUCACAAGGUGAUUCCUCUGGAGGAGGCUUUCGAGGAAUACAAGGGAGAGAUCUGUCACCGCCUGGAGAUUCUGAGGAAAGAGAGAGGGGAAAUUCUGGCCCAUCAAGCAGACCUGGACAAGGAAAGCAAAGACCUCCUUAAAUUAACAGAAACGGAGAGGCUGAAGACUGUGGAGAAGUUCAGAGAACUGCGCCAGUUCCUGGUAGAACAAGAAAAACAUCUGCUGACUCACAUGGAAGAGGUGGAGAAGGAGAUUGCAGGGAGAAGGGAUGAGCAGCUGGCCAGACUUUCCAGGAAACUCUCCUCUCUUGAGAGGAUCAUCCAGGAGAUGGAGGAGAAGCGUCAGCAGCCAGCGAGUGAACUCCUGCAGGAUGUGAGAAGCACCUUGCAGAGGUAUGAGGAAAGAGAGAGUUCAGAGAAGCCACUGACUUUCCCUCCAGAGCUAAGGAACAGGUUCUUGGAAUCCUGUGAUCUAAAUCACCUUGUUGAGGAUACAAUGAAACAAUGGAAAGAUGCUCUGUUAUACAAAAAAACCGAUUCAGAAAGAUGUUCAGUCAUUCAGAAAUCUUCAGAAAGAAAAUGUCGCUCUGGAUCCAGACACAAGUGUGGGCACAACUUCUGCCGAUCCUGCUUGAUCCAGUGCUGGGGGGAAUCGGAGGCAGAGGCUUCCUGCCUUCAGUGCAGAGAAAGAGUCCAGAGAAGGAGCCUCAUCCCCAACCGGCAACUGGCUAAUAUGGUAGAAAUAGCUAAGAAUCUCAGCCUUCAAGAGGGAAAGGAGGAAGGAGGGAAAGGAGGAGUCUGCGAGGAGCACCAGGAGCCCCUGAAGCUCUUCUGCAAAGUCCAUGAAGCCCCCAUCUGCCUGGUGUGUGACAGAUCAAAGGAACAUGAAAAUCACAAGGUGAUUCCUCUGAAGCAGGCUUUGGAGGAGUACAAGGCAGAGAUCUGUACCUGCCUGAAGAUUCUGAGGAGAGAGAGAGAGGAAAUUCUGGCCCAUCAAGCAGCCCUGGACAAGGAAAGCAAAGACCUCCUGAAAUUAACAGAAACGCAGAGGCUGAAGACUGUGGAGAAGUUCAGAGAACUGCGCCAGUUGCUGGAAGAACAAGAAAAACGUCUACUGAAUCAUGUGGAAGAGGUGGAGAAGGAGAUUGCAGGGAGAAGGGAUGAGCAGCUGGCCAGACUCUCCAGGAAACUCUCCUCUCUUGAGAGGAUCAUCCAGGAGAUGGAGGAGAAGCGUCAGCAGCCAGCGAGUGAACUCCUGCAGGAUGUGAGAAGGACCUUGCAGAGGUAUGAGGAAAGAGAGAGUCCCGAGAAGCCACUGGCUUUCCCUCCAGAACUGAGGAACAGGAUCUUGGAAUCCUGUGAUCUAAAUCACCUUGUGGAGGAUAGAAUGAAUCUAUGGGAAGAUGCUGUGUUAUUCAGAAAGCAGCUUCAGAAAGAUAUUCAGUCAUUCAGACAUCUUCAAAGAGCAAAUGUCACUCUGGAUCCAGACACAGCCCAUCCUGAACUCAUCCUGUCCGAGGAUCGGAAAAGCCUGAGUAGGGGAGACAAACCUCAAGCCCUGCCCAACAAUCCUCAGAGAUUUAGCCACGAGAUUAAUGUGUUGGGAAGUCAGGGAUUCACAGCAGGCAGACAUUUCUGGGAAGUCACUGUGGAAAGUGGGGAAUUGUGGGGUUUGGGGGUCGCCAGGAAGUCUGUGAGGAGAAAGGGCAGCUUCUCCAUAUUCCCUGAGGAGGGGAUCUGGGCUGUGCGGAGAUUGGGAGGGAAGUACUUUGCCUGCACCUCCCCUUAUUACUCUCUUUUGUCUCUGAGUGAGAAGCCCAGGAGGAUCCGGGUGACUCUGGACUAUGAAGGGGAACGUGUGUCUUUUUCUGACGCUGACUCAGGAGCCGAACUCUACACGUUCUCAGGAGCCUCGUUCUCUGCAGAGACCCUCCUCCCUUUCUUUUCUCUGAGGGGAAAUAAAACCGACCUCAGUAUCUCCUGAGGGGACUAAAUCUGCCUCUCAGGCCCAGCAGGAGUUUCUCUCCAGACCAGAGUGACUGACAUAAAAACCAUUUACCUGCCAAGAGCUCUUUGGGCAGUUUUCCAAGGGCCCUUUGAGAGGAUUCAUUCCAGUCAAUUCAGCAGAAAUUAAAAAAAAAAAUGGGUUGCUCUUGGUUUGCAUUUUCUUUCCUUUUCCCAGAAUUUCCUCUGCAGCUUCUUAGAGAGAUAGUCACACUUUUAGGAGUCCUAAUAAAUUUUCUCACCUUCA